CCUUUCUUGCAUGCGCGACUUUCUGCACGCAAGAUCCCCGCACGUGUAACCGAUGGAUCAUAACCACGCGCCGCCGCAGGGUCUGACGCCGGAAGAGUACACGGAGCUGAGGGCUGUCAUCGAAACGUAUCAUAAAUUCGAGCCUGCACCAAAAACCUGCACCGCGCUCAUAACGCAGCGCAUCGACGCACCGGCGCAUGCAGUGUGGCCGUUCGUCCGAAGCUUCGAGAACCCCCAGAGGUACAAGCACUUCAUCAAGAGCUGCAACAUGAGGGGCGACGGUGGGGUUGGCAGCAUAAGAGAGGUGACGGUCGUCUCGGGACUGCCGGCGUCGACGAGUACGGAGAGGCUGGAGAUUUUAGAUGACGAGAAACAUAUACUGAGCUUUAUGGUGGUCGGAGGCGAGCACCGGCUGAACAACUACCGAUCGGUUACUUCGGUGAAUGAGUUUAGAAAGGAUGGCAGAGUUUAUACCAUUGUCCUGGAGUCGUAUAUUGUGGAUAUUCCGGAGGGGAAUACCGGAGAAGAUACGAAGAUGUUUGUGGAUACAGUUGUGAAAUUGAAUCUACAGAAACUGGGGGUGGUGGCGAUAAACUCUAUGCAUGGCAAUGAAUGAGGUGGCAAAUGGUGGUGAUGGCGGCGGAAGCGGCUCUGGUGGUUGUUAGAUUCUGGGGGAGAAAGCGUGACCCUUUUCUUGCUCUGUUUACUCAUCUUUCUCAUCAACCAUUCUGCUUUUUUUCGUGUCUAAAAUAAGUUAAAAAAGCAAAGGACUCUCUCUGAAAAAUGGUUCUGAGCCUGAGACGACCUGCCAUGAACAGGAGUUUCAACAGAGAGAAUCCAGAUAUUUUGAUUGUGAUGAUUGCAGAGAAGCAGAUAAUGAGGGUUAGUGAGGAGGACAAAGGAGAUCAGAGAGAUGGGCCCUCUAAAGCCUGCAGCAGAAAUGAGUGCCACACUGCCACUGCACCAAGGAGCAAUGUGUUUCCCUUGUUUUUACUCUUUUCUGGUUUUUUCUUUCUCUCUCUAUCUUAAUGAAUGGGUCCAUUCAAA